AGGUGGAGAGUCAAAAGCUGAAAUGCCGAAGGAGCAGAGUUCAGCUGAUACAAAGCCAUUGAAGGAGAAGACAACAAAAGCUGAAAGACGGGCGAUCCAAGAGGCGCAAAGAGCUGCAAAAGCUGCUGCUAAAGGUGAAGGUAGUAAGUCAUCUGCUGCUGCUGCUGCUGGCAUCAAUCAGGCUAAUGCCACUACAGGAAAAUCACUGAAAGCUGUAUCACAAAAGAAAGACAGCUCUUCAGUUGCACCCUCUGAGAAAAAAGGUGUUGAUCGCCAACCAGAUAAAGACAGGAAGAAAGAUGCCCCCAAUCCUCGUAUGCAAUUUGAUGAUGCCACUCGAGUUGAGAAAGCAAAGAAACGUUCCGUAGUAAAACAAACCGAAGCAAAAAAUCGAGUCGAACUGUUUAGGCAUUUACCACAGUAUGAACAUGGGACUCAGCUUCCUGAGCUGGAAUCAAAAUUCUUCCAACUCGAUCAAGUUCAUCCUGCUGUUUACAAGGUUGGACUGAGAUACCUAUCUGGGGACAUAUCAGGCGGCAAUGCCCGAUGUAUUGCCAUGCUUCAAUCCUUCCAAGAGGCCAUCAAGGAUUACAGCACGCCCCCCGAAAAGUCCCUAAUAAGGGACCUAACCGCAAAAAUAAAUAGUUAUGUCUCGUUCCUGAUCGAGUGCAGGCCCCUUUCAAUCAGCAUGGGCAAUGCAAUCAGGUUUCUCAAAAACCGAGUCGCCCAUUUGCCCCUAACCCUUUCUGAGUCGGAGGCUAAAGCCAAUCUCAUAUCCGGAAUCGAUAAUUUCAUAAACGAGAAAAUAAUCCUAGCCGAUAAAGUGAUCGUGAAGCAUGCAGUGGCCAAAAUUCGAGACAACGAUGUACUUCUCACUUACGGUUCAUCCUCUGCAGUUGAGUUGGUUUUUCUUCACGCACACGAGCUUGGAAAAAAGUUCCGUGUGGUGAUAGUUGAUUCACGCCCGAAGCUCGAAGGACAAAAGUUGUUGCGUAGGCUUGUGGGGAAAGGGGUCAGCUGCACGUACACUCACGUUAAUGCUGUUUCUUAUGUCAUGCAUGAAGUCACUCGGGUGUUUUUGGGGGCUUCAUCGGUUUUGUCUAAUGGGACAGUUUACUCGAGGGUCGGCACAGCUUGUGUUGCCAUGGUGGCACAUCAUUUUCGGGUCCCGGUUUUGGUGUGCUGUGAAGCGUACAAGUUUCAUAAGAGGGUUCAACUCGAUUCAAUUUGCUCUAAUGAGCUUGGUGAUCCUGAUGCUAUUUCGAAGGUUUCUGGUAGAAGGGAAAUCUGUGAUUUGGAUGGUUGGGCCAAUAGUGAAAAUCUACAACUCUUGAACCUGAUUUACGAUGCAACGCCUUCAGAGUAUGUGUCGAUGAUUAUAACCGACUAUGGCAUGAUCCCACCAACAAGUGUCCCUGUUAUUGUGCGAGAAUAUAGUGGAGAACACUUAUGGUCAUAAUAAGAGUUUAAGAGCAUUACACAUUACAUUCGUGGAGAUUUUUCGAGUCAAUUCUGGAAGCAAAAGCGGCUUUCUGUAUCAUCUCUGUAAUCACAUCUAGAGUAUCUGUGUUUUCAAUUGGAUCCUCAUCAUUUUUUUUGUCUUUUUUCGGAAUAAAGCUGUUUGUGAUCCAAGUAAGUUAAACUAUGUGAAGAGUGCAAAAAUUCAGCCUCUCCCGGCAGAUUUUGGAACGUAUCCUCAUUGUCGAUAGUUUUAUUUGCUCUGAUUUUGUUUCUUUUUUUUUUUUGGUGAUUCUUUUCGAAUAGUCCAUCCUUGUGGGUUUUUUCGCGUUUCUGAUUGGAAGUUCAGGACAGGGAUACUUGUGCUAGAAUUGAUCGAAAAUUCACAUUUCAUUUUUUUCAUGUCAAAUGAAUUGUAGUUUGUUGUUUGUUCUACUUCACAAUGAGUGUUGUAAAUUGCAUAUGAAAUGUAUGAGAA